AAGAAAGUCGAAGCAUAUAGUAGUAAUAUAAAUUAGUGAAUGAUUACUUUGUUUCCUCAAUAUGGACCUAGAGAAAUCUCUGAAGCCAUAUCCUCUCUCUUUUCAUGUGGAUGCUCAUAUCCGUAAUCUGUCAUUUCUAAUUUUCUAAGGAGAGAAAGGUGGGAACCUCCCGAUUGAAGUUGAACACUGAAGAGAGAGAGAGAGAGACAGGAGACCCCCAUUUCUUCAUGACUUUCACUCUUCUCCCUCACACCUUUCGUUUUCCAUAGCCUGCUUAUAGUUUUCAAAGGCCUCUGCUUACAGCUUAUCUCUCAACGAGGCACAAAGCACCACUACCUUUGCUACUUCUACCUUUUGAAUAUCUCUUGAAUCUCUUUCCUUUUUCCUCUCUAAUAUAAUAAAAGGAACGAUUAUAAGAGCAGAUUAAAAGUCGUCUCUUUAGCUUUUACCCUCUAACGCCGAUUCCCAACUCCCAAGCAAACUUUUUUCCAUCUCUUUCCUUACUCAAAAAACACCCUGAAAACCUCAUCAUCAACGUAGAAAAACAGGAUAAAAAAACAUGGUUUCCUUUACCCUCAUUCCCGCGUUAAUUUUUUUAGUUUCUUUCACUAUGUUCCAUCACUCUCUCGCCGGUUUUCUAGCUCAACCGGUAUCCGGUCACGACCAGCCUUUAAAACCGGGAGACUACUCAUCCCCAAAUACGGUCCCCGCAUUUCCAGUUCAAACUGAAGCUCAGGUUUGCCGGCUCGACCUGUCAGCUGAGCUAUUCGGCGGCGUCAGCGAUGCCUGCGGCCACAACCUGGACAGGAGCCGCUGCUGUCCCGUGUUGGCAGCUUGGCUCUUCGCAGCUCACGCCAGGUACGCUCUGGAGGUGUCGGCUCCGGCUCCAGCGGAAUCGGAGCAGCCAGAGCAGCCCAUGAUGCCAGAUGAUUCGCAGAAGUGUGUGAACUCGUUGCAGAACGCAUUGUUAAGCAAGCGCGUGCGGAUUCCUCAGCCAAACGCGAGUUGCGAUGCGAUUCUAUGUUUUUGUGGGAUAAGGCUGCAUCAGAUUAGUUCUUUGAGUUGCCCCGCUGCGUUUAAUGUUUCCGGGUUCCGAAACGCGACACCGACAGCUGCCGUGAAGAAUUUGGAGAGAAAUUGCCGGAACUCUUCUUAUGCUGGGUGUACCAAGUGUCUCGGUGCUCUUCAAAAGCUCAAAGGUGGAUACUACAAGAACGGAACGGAAGACAGGAGCACAAGCGAGAGAGCCAGCAAGAUGUUCAACCGAGACUGUCAGCUUAUGGGGCUGACGUGGCUCCUCGCACGCAACAAAACGGCAUACAUACCCACCGUUUCAGCCGUGCUGCGGGCCAUAAUGUACAGUGCGCACCCUCACGAGUCCAAGUGCAGCCCAGAUCAAGAGAACAUGCCCUUAGCCGUUGAUUCUCUGCAGUUCGAAAAGGCCCAAUCGUCUGCAUCGCCACAUCCCUCGUGGGCAUCUUUUACGUUCCCGGUUUUACCCCUGAUCAUUUUGGUUUCUAUGUUUGGUUAGUCUUGGGUGGUGAGUGGCACUGUGCUUUUGCCAAUUGCCUCUUAAAUUUUUUUUGUAGUCCUCUGAGACUGUCGGGGGUUCACGUGAAAGCUUUAGAGCUAUCAGACAAUUAAAAGAAGGGGCUAAUGCGGGGUCAUUUUUGUCCUUUUACCCACUGUAAAUUUCAGAUCGUUUUCAGAUUUGUUUGACAUGUUGUAGCGGACGACGACGAGGAGCAGCUUUAUAAAUAUAUAUAUAUAUAU